AUGUCAUUAGAAUAUUGUCUUCUCACAGUCAUGGCCUAUGACCGCUGCGUUGCCAUCUGCAAACCCCUGCACUACGGGACCCUCCUGGGCAGCAGAGCUUGUGUCCACAUGGCAGCAGCUGCCUGGGGCAGUGGGUUUCUCUAUGCUCUCCUGCACACGGCCAAUACAUUUUCCCUGCCCCUCUGCCAGGGCAAUGCCCUGGACCAGUUCUUCUGUGAAAUCCCCCAGAUCCUCAAGCUCUCCUGCUCACACUCAGACUCCCUCAGGGAAGUUGGGCUUCUUGUGGUUAGUGUCUGUUUAGGCUUUGGUUGUUUUGUGUUCAUCGUGCUGUCCUAUGUGCAGAUCUUCAGGGCCGUGCUGAGGAUCCCCUCUGAGCAGGGACGGCACAAAGCCUUCUCCACGUGCCUCCCUCACCUGGCCGUGGUCUCCCUGUUUGUCAGCACUGCCGUGUUUGCCUACCUGAAGCCCCCCUCCAUCUCUUCCCAUGUUCUAGACCUGGUGAUGGCUGUGCUGUACUCCGUGGUGCCUCCAGCACUGAACCCCCUCAUCUACAGCAUGAGGAACCAGGAGCUCAAGGAUGCCCUGUGGAAACUGAUUCUACCAGUGUGCUUCAGCAGCAUUGAGUCUCCCCUCUCUGUUUACAAGUGA